GUGGGGAUCACCUGAUCAUCACCAGUUUAUCAGAAAUAUCACGACAAAGAGAGAUAUUCCCGAUAUAGCUGUUUUUGUUCACAAUUCAAGCAUUCUUACUCUUUCAAGACUUAUUUCAGUAUAUUAUACAGUUCAAUGGAUAAAAGAAGAUAUAAUUGAUGCAUAAAGAGCAUUGCGCACGCAUUUUUGCAAUGUUAAAAAUCGUUUAUUAUACGAAUUUCGAAUUCUAACCUAUGCAUAUUGUCACCGUGACACAAGGAGAAGAGAAUUUCAGAUUACGAAUUAUGUAAAGAUACAACAUUGUCGUAUCGACAUGCAAGAGAGUUUUAGUAAUAGACGAGAAGAUAUGGGGCCAAACGAGGAGAGCGGACUUCCAAACGGUGACAUUCAAGCACACAGAAAUGUCGACUGGACUAGAUACGGUUUACGUGAUCCAGAAGCACAGAGAGACACAGAAAAAGAUAACAAAGGCAACAACAGUGCGUUUGGUCCAGAAAUGUAUCAAACUGGUGCAAAUGAAUUAUUUGCACAAGAGUAUAGUUCAGAUCCUUGGUGGAAAUCAAAUUUCUUUAUCUCUCAACCUGUAUUGUUCGGUACUUGGGAUGGGGUUUUCACAUCAUGUCUUAUCAAUAUAUUUGGAGUGAUUGUAUUUUUGAGAUCUGGUUGGAUAGUUGGCCAAGCAGGUGUUUUGAAUGCAGUAUUAAUUAUUUUGUCUACAGUGUGUAUUGCUUUAGUGACGGUGUUAUCGGCUAUAGGAAUAUGCGAGCGAUGUAGAGUCGAAAGUGGUGGAAUUUAUUUUUUAUUAUCACAUGUAUUGGGUUCUAGAUUUGGUGGCUCCAUUGGAUUAUUGUACUGUUUUGGACAGGCAGUGGGUUGUGCUCUAAACGUUUUAGGUUUUGGAGAAUCAAUAGCUGGUCUUGUAGGUUUGGAAUCGGCUUGGGCGCAGCGUGGUUUUGCAUGCGCAGCAGUUGUAUUAUUGUCAGUAAUUAAUGUGGCCGGUGUUAAGUGGGUCGUGAAGUUGCAGUUUAUUCUUCUUCUGAUCAUACUACUUGCUGGAGUUGAUUUCAUGGUCGGAAGUUUCACUCAUACCAACAUUGAUGCUGGCUUCGAGGGUUGGUUGUCAGGGAAUUUGAAAAACAACACUCUUCCUGAUUAUCAGGACGGCUACAGCUGGUUUACUGUAUUUGGCGUAUUCUUUCCGACAGUCACCGGUGUUCUAGCUGGAAUUAACAUGAGCGGGGACUUGAGGCAUCCAUCCAGCGACAUUCCUAAUGGUACUUUGGCAGCAUUGGGGACUGGAACGUUUUUGUACUUGUGCUUUUCUCUGACGCUUGCGGCAACUUGUGUGAGAAACGCUUUACUUACCAAUUUUACGAUAGCAUCAACAGUAUCGGCAAUCUCGGUGUUGCUGCUCGCUGGUCUUUACGUAUCGUCGUUCAGCAGUUGUUUAGGUGCUAUGUAUGGCACACCCCGUGUUCUCCAAUCUAUCGCCAGUCAAAAUGUUAUACCAGGAAUAAAUUGCUUGCAAAGAGGAAGAGGACCAAAUAAAGUACCUAUAUACGCUAUGCUGGUCGUUGCUGUAGUAACAUUGACUUUUAUCAUCACUGGACAAAUUAAUACACUCGCACCAAUCGUAACAAUGCCUUUCUUGUUAACAUAUGCGUGCUUGGAUUACGCAUAUUUCGCCCUCGCACAAACGUUUGACCUUCGGCACACACGUGAACAAAGAUUUCGCACACAGUCUCCAACAUUCGACCAUAAUUACGGUUCUGCGAGUAGAAACAGUUCGAUAACGGACACGGAUAAUGAUUUGGACAGCUUGUUCCCCGAGAGAAUAAGGCAUAAGAAUCUCGUGACGAGCAACAGCAUUUCUGACAACAACAUAUAUGUGGAUUCGUCGCCAAGCAUCGAGGACAAUGCUAGUGUUACUAGCGCGUCGGAAAGAAAGGUUCACAUACACAGUAAACUGGGGAACUGGUACAGUCCUUUGUGCAAUAGAUGGUUUUCGUUGUUAGGUUGUCUCGUAAAAUUGCUUAUAAUGUUUCUCGUGCAUUGGGGAUACGCUAUCGCCAAUAUCGUUGUUGUAUUUCUCGUCUGGAGUUAUGUCGGCCACGCCAAUCCUGCUGUCAAACCUGGAGUUUCAUCAGAGUUCCAAUUUUUCAAAUGGUUCCGGAUUGCACUACUUCGACUUAUGGGGAGAAAAGUGUACGAUUACGAACAGAUUGUGGUGACUCCGGUGCAUCCAGGCGUCGAGACGUUUUCAGCUCAGCUGAAUGAAGAGAACGAAGAUUUUUCGGGCAGAAGAAGGUAUCAUCAGACCGCUACAGUCACAGGUCAAUAUGUUAAUGUCGAUUAAGUAUACGAAAUCAUAUGGUCUACCCAGAAUUAUGAAUCACGCAAUUAUAAUUCACAUACUAUUUCAGUAGCAAACAUAUUUUUUAGAAUGUGUUCUCAUUGGCGAGAGUAGAUUGCGCGAACAUAUAAGUAAAUGCUUAUUAAUGCAUAGUAUUUAAUACUCGAAGGCAUGCUAAAGUGCAGCUCUUGGCAAUUUUUUUAAGACUACUUUUACCCUAUGCAACACUGUCAAUCACGCGCAAAUAUAGCUAGUCUAAUCGAUUUAACUUAUUUAAUGUCCAUCUGCAUUUAACAUGGAAUGCGCGUUAUAUAAUUACAGUUUUAAGGACUGACACAGCUUAAGUCAAUGACACAGCGGAUCAAAUGCGAAAAUGUGUGAAAAACGUACAAAGAACUGAUGUGACGAUAUAGCGCUAGAUUUUUAUAAGCAUUUACUUGUUGCGAUUGCCAUACAGUUGGGGUAAUUCACUAUAAAAGUAACGGUAGCGAUUUAUCCUGACAAUGUUAUUCACUAAACACAACCAAGAGAAAAAUAUUCACCUGAAUUUAUCAUAAGAAUUUAUCUAUUUGUGGUGUGAGAUUAUUUUUUUAUAAUAACGAGAGCCCGAAUGACAGACGAUAAUCGAGUGAUAAUGGCAAUCGCACCAUGAAAAUAUCUGUAAAUACCUGAUAUAAUAUAUAAUAUAUUUAUACACUAUUUAACAAUUUUAUAACUCUCGAACAAAUGUACGAAAUUUGUAAUUGUAGAAUGGAAUAUACAUGUACGUGUGAAAGAGAA